AUGGUCAACUACAAGCGGAUAGUCUGCGAGGUUGCGCUUCUGGCGGCGGCCGUGGCGCUCGCAGCCGGCGCGCCAGCCGCCGACUGCUCGGACAAGCACUUCGACCAGCGGCAGAACGGCACGGAGAACUAUCGGCUCAACAUCGACGGCGUGGUCAUCGCCGUGGCGCCGGCGGACUCGCUGCUCGCGGCCGCUUCCGACUUUGACCUGAGCGAGCUCCUCGAUCUGGAGGACUUCGGAGAUGUGCCGGUGAAUAAGCCAAAGCCACCGAGCGACCUCAACAAGCCGGAGGCUACCAAGCCGGAGCCGAGCAAGCCAGCCGACGGGCCGCAGAAGCCAGACGAGCCCGCUAAGCCUGCGCAAGCGCCGCUAAGUGACGUCUCCCUUCCGAGCUCCGAGCUCAAAAGCCAGAAGAAGGACGCUAGCUUAAGGAAACAGGAGAAAGCGCAAAGG